CUCCUCCCUUGGUGUUGGUGUGGAGAAAAGAUUUUCUCCCUAGUGGGAGCUUACCAUCCACAAAAUUGACAUUAAAAAUGGACGCAAACUAAGCGACACUCGAACUAUCUAUUUCUCCGGGAACCAGUCGUCGAGUGGCGUAUAAGGCUUGCCUCUUGCGCCUGGAAGUCGGGAGGGAGAAGCAAUGGAGAGGGUGGUGCUGCUGCGUUCCUUAUCCUGCACUACAGCUUGCAGGAGGGCUUUCCCUUCGCGGCCAAAGCUGUUCGCUAGGCAUUUAUCUUCUCUAAACAAGCACGUCCAGAGGACCAAUAGGAGCUUUUCCCUCAGAAACAGAGGCUGCCCACGAUUUAUCCUGGCCCCUCAUGUUCUUCUUAGGAGGAGCUUCUCGUUGACACCUCAGGCCGUUGCGACACCGUCUUCUAAGCCUACACCUCAAGAAACAAGUCGAACGAGUGAUGUUGCUGAGAAACUUGGGUUCGAGAGGGUUUCAGAAGAAUGGGUUCCAGAAUGCAAGGCGAAUGCAGUUCUUUAUAGGCACAAGAAAACAGGUGCGCAGGUUAUGUCGGUAUCGAAUGACGAUGAGAACAAGGUUUUUGGCAUAGUCUUCCGUACUCCUCCAAAGGACUCAACUGGGAUACCUCACAUACUAGAGCACAGUGUUUUGUGUGGAUCAAGAAAGUAUCCACUUAAAGAACCUUUUGUUGAGCUCUUAAAGGGUAGCCUGCACACAUUUCUCAAUGCAUUUACAUAUCCAGAUCGGACAUGCUAUCCAGUUGCAUCUACGAACAAUAAGGAUUUCUAUAAUUUGGUUGAUGUAUAUCUGGAUGCUGUUUUCUUUCCCAAAUGUGUUGAGGAUUUUCAAACAUUUCAACAAGAGGGUUGGCACUAUGAGCUCAAUGAUCCUGCAGAAGAGAUAUCUUAUAAAGGUGUUGUUUUUAAUGAAAUGAAAGGCGUUUAUUCACAACCUGAUAACAUAUUGUCAAGGAUAUCCCAACAGGCUCUCUUUCCUGAUAAUACUUAUGGUGUGGACAGUGGAGGAGACCCACGGGUUAUUCCCAAACUUACUUUUGAAGAAUUCAAGGAAUUUCAUCGGAAAUAUUACCAUCCCAGCAAUGCAAAGAUCUGGUUCUAUGGCGAUGAUGACCCCGAUGAGAGAUUCCGGAUCUUAAGUGCAUUCUUGGAUCAGUUUGAUGCAAGUUCUGCAGCUGACGAAUCAAAGAUUGAUCGUCAAAGGCUGUUUUCUGAUCCUGUCAGGGUUGUUGAGAAAUAUCCUGCUGGAGAUGCUGGUGAUUUGAAGAAGAGGCACAUGGUUUGCCUUAAUUGGCUUCUAUCUGAUGAGCCGUUUGAUUUAGAAACUGAGUUAACCUUUGGCUUCUUAGAUCAUCUUAUGUUGGGAACUCCUGCCUCUCCAUUGAGAAGAAUUCUCCUUGAAAGUGGCCUUGGAGACGCAAUUGUCGGUGGUGGAAUUGAUGAUGAACUCCUUCAGCCUCAAUUUAGUAUUGGUUUGAAGGGUGUUUCUGAAGAUGAUGUCCAGAAGGUGGAGGAGCUAAUAAUGAACACCCUAAACAAGUUAGCAGAUGAAGGUUUUGAUGAAGAAGCAGUGGAAGCUUCAAUGAACACAAUUGAGUUUUCUCUUCGGGAGAACAAUACUGGUUCAUUUCCUAGAGGCCUGUCUUUGAUGCUUCGAUCCAUGGGGAAAUGGAUUUAUGAUAUGGACCCAUUUGAGCCUUUGAAGUAUGAGAAACCUCUAGAAGCUUUGAAAGCACGGAUUUCCAAGGAAGGGUCAAAAGCUGUUUUCUCACCAGUGCUGAAGAAGUACAUUUUGGACAAUCCUCAUCGUGUUGCGAUUGAGAUGCAGCCUGACCCAGAAAAAGCUUCAAAAGAAGAAGCUGAGGAGAAAGAAAUGCUACAGAAAGUCAAAGCAUGUAUGACAGAAGAAGAUCUUGCAGAGCUAGCACAGGCAACUCAGGAACUUCGGAUAAAGCAGGAAACUCCUGAUCCACCUGAAGCCCUCAAAUGUGUGCCAAGCCUUUCAUUGCAAGAUAUUCCAAAAAAACCCAUACAUGUGCCAACAGAGAUUGGUGAGAUCAAUGGUGUAAAAGUCUUGAAGCAUGACCUCUUCACAAAUGAUGUACUCUAUGCGGAAGCAGUGUUUGAUAUGAGUUCCCUGAAGCCAGAGCUUAUUCCUCUCGUACCACUGUUUUGCCAAUCUUUGCUUGAGAUGGGUACCAAAGAUAUGGAUUUCAUUCAGCUUAAUCAAUUAAUUGGACGAAAGACUGGAGGGAUAUCAGUAUACCCUUUCACAUCCUCAAUAAGAGGGAAAGAUGAGCCAUGCAGUCACAUGAUAGUUCGUGGUAAAGCUAUGGCAGGAAGAGUUGAAGACCUAUUCGACCUGAUGAACACUGUACUCCAGCAAGUUCAGCUCACUGAUCAGCAACGGUUCAAGCAAUUUGUCUCUCAAAGCAAAGCAAGAAUGGAGAAUCGAUUGAGGGGCAGUGGUCAUGGUAUAGCUGCUUCAAGGAUGGAUGCAAAGUUAAAUGUUGCAGGAUGGAUUUCUGAGCAGAUGGGUGGUAUCAGCUAUCUGGAAUUCUUACAAAGCCUUGAAAAACAAGUCGACCAAGAAUGGGAAUCCAUUUCCUCCUCUCUUGAGGAGAUACGCAGAUCAUUACUCUCCAAAGAGGGCUCCCUGAUCAAUUUAACUGCUGAUGGCAAAAUCCUGUCAAGCACAGAGAAGCACGUAGCCAGAUUUCUUGAUUUGCUUCCUAGGGAGAAGGCCACUGCAAAUGUUUCUUGGAAUGGUCUCCUUUCUCCGGGGCAUGAGUGCAUAGUUAUUCCUACCCAGGUGAAUUAUGUUGGUAAGGCUGCUAAUCUUUAUGAGAAUGGUUACCAGCUAAAUGGUAGUGCCUAUGUCAUUUCAAAGUAUAUAGGAAAUACAUGGCUGUGGGACCGAGUUCGUGUAAGUGGUGGUGCAUAUGGAGGAUUCUGUGACUUUGACACACACUCAGGUGUCUUCUCUUAUCUAUCAUAUCGAGACCCAAAUUUAUUGAAGACUAUAGAUGUAUACGAUCGAACAGCAGAUUUUCUUCGUGAAAUAGAGUUAGAUGAAGAUUGCCUUACAAAAGCAAUUAUUGGAACAAUUGGAGAUGUUGACGCAUAUCAACUGCCAGACGCCAAAGGCUACAGUAGUUUGUUGCGGCAUUUGUUAGGCGUUACAGAGGAGGAAAGACAGAAGAGGCGUGAGGAAAUCCUCUCUACGAGUGUGAAGGACUUCCGUGAGUUUGCAGAGGCGGUUGAUGCAGUUAGACACAAAGGGGUUGUCGUUGCUGUUGCAUCUGCUGAUGAUGUUACGACAGCACACAGUGAGCGAUCUGGAUUCUUUGAAGUCAAAAAGGUCCUGUAACAAUGUCAAGUGGCAUGGCAAUAUUUGGGACAAUUUUUUAAGGCUAAAUUUUUCUUCAAGCCUUUCUCAAUCUAAUUCCUUUAGCCCCUUAAAACAGGGUGGAAUUAUAUAUCAGCCCAGGCGAUAUCGACAUUAUUUGUCAUUGUUUGGGUAUUUUUGCAUAUAAAAAGGCUUGCAGCUCCGUUGUUGUAUCUAUAAAAUAAUAUGAGGUUUUACUGCAUCGAUUUCUAUACUUGUGAGGGGGCUUUUGUAGAUGACUGCUGAUUGGGAGCAAAAAGUACUUUGGCUGCAGAUUUUUUA